GUCAGACACUGAGUUCCGCGCCGUACUACAAACCUGCAAUAUUGGGGGUCGACUUGAAUGCUGCCACGUCGCCCGCCCGCCAUGGCGCCAGGUACAGCCGCCAGCUGCCACACAGCCUCUGGGAGAGAGUCCGACUCCUAGCAAAUCAGGCUUGUCUUCAGCCUUCAGGAGCAGACGGGCCAUGGCUGCUGCGACACUAAAUCCAGCAAGGGUUCGUCUGCAGCCUUGUCUUGGAGGUUCCAGAUUGCCUGAAGCAUUGGAGAAGGGAGACGUCAGGAGAUUGCCGUGCAUUGUCUUUGCAAAGCAAGCUGAUUGUCUGCGCCGGCUUCCGCUCGCUGAUCAAUGCGGCAGCAAAAAGGCCCUUUUUGGCACGUCCUUACCAAGCACUUCGUUUAGUGGAACUGUACAACCCCGCUCAUCGCAAAGGAAAGGUGCAAUCCAAGCCAUGACGAUUGACGCAGUAACCGCCGCCACCUCGGCCAUGGAGACAUUUUUCUACCCGGUCGGGACAGAAUAUUUCUGGAACGUUGCGCUCCCACUUAGCAGCGUUUUUGCUUCCCUUAAUGCCUACAAACUGGAAACAUCUGGCCAGAACAUGGGGUACUCCAAGUUUGCCCAGGGGAGCAAGAAGCUGCAAAUGCCCUCAAAGUGGGGCAUGUUCCUGCUUUAUUUCCCCGCAGCUCUAGUUGCGCUGUGGUGGCUCCUGACCAUGGGAGAUGCAGACAAUCUGGAGAGAGUCCAGUUGGUGGGGUGCCUCCUGGUGGUGCACUUCUGGAAGCGGGUGCUCGAGGUCCUCUUUUUGCACAAGUUCUCAGGCAAGCAGGACGUGGUCACGUCGAUCUUCAUCAGCUCCACUUACGCGUUCAACACCUUCGCCUUGCUAUACGUCCAGAACUAUGUUUGCACAAACUCCCCUGCACCAUCCUUGGAUCUGACCACCUUGGGGGUGGGAAUUUUCACAGUAGGCGUUCUUGGAAACCUAUACCACCAUUGGAUAUUAGCAGGCCUGCGAAAGGACAAGGAUGGGGGGUAUCAGGUACCGCAGGGGGGCCUGUUCGGGCUAGUCACUUGCCCCCACUACUUCUUCGAAAUCGUUGAUUUUCUUGGUAUGGCACUGGCCUCGCAGACUUUCUACGCAUUUGGUUGGUUUGCGUUCACCACUGGGUACCUGUCGGGUAGAAGUGUGGCUACCAGAAACUGGUACCUCAAGAAGGUCGACGGGUUUCCCGAGGACAGGAAAAACAUUCUUCCAUUUCUUUUCUGAGAAUUGAUAAACUUUUCUUGGCACGCAUUGUAAAGAUACAGAUCUUAUAAACGAUUCUUGGCAGUGGUAU